UCUCUGUUUCUGCCGUCUCUCGUAGGUUUUGCUUCGAUCCGCAACGAUGAUGUUCUCGAGCAGCCAAUUCGAAGCCACCGCACCUUUCUCUCAAUCUACUCAGUCAGCCGAACCCUCUUCUGCUGCAAAGAGUCGCGGAACCGAGGGUUUGGUGCCGGUGACGGUGAAGCAGCUGAGCGAAGCUUACCAGUCGGGCGACGAGAAGUCCAAUUUCCAGAUCGACGGUGCUGAUGUCACAAAUGUAACGUUAGUCGGGAUGGUGGACCAAAAGGUCGAAAGGGUGACCGAUGUGACUUUUGCUUUGGACGAUGGAACUGGAAGAGUUGAAUGUAGGAGAUGGAUUAAUGAGGGAUUCGACUCUAAGGAAAUGAACGACAUUCAGGAUGGAAUGUACGCCCGUGUCAUUGGGCACCUGAGAGGUUCUCAGGGUGGAAAACAAAUUGCGGCAUUUGCUGUAAGGCCCGUAUUGAACUUUGAUGAGGUUACGUUCCACUUUAUUGAUUGCAUUCAUCAGCAUUUGCUGAAAUCAAGGUCAAAGGUUGAUGCUACUAAUCAAUCUAAAUCAGCCGAAGAUUCUAAUUCUACAAUCACGUCUAUGGGUACUCAACCCACUGCCAGUGGGCAUGUGACAGCUCCUUCAAAUGAAUUCUCUGGACAGUACAGCGUUGGCGGGCUCAAAAGCUGUGAUCAAAAGGUCCUUGAAUAUCUGCAGCAGAACUUUUCAAUAGAGAAGGGGGUGCACAGGGAUGAAAUCUCCAAGCAGCUGAAAAUUCCAGUAGACAAGAUCAUGGAAGCUAUCCGGACCCUAGAAGAUGAAGGUCUGAUAUACUCUACAAUCGAUGAGUAUCACUACAAGUCGACAACCGAGAGCUGAGCAGGCGAUCUUUUUGGUGAUCCCCUUACUGCAAGGGAGGGAAUGCCUAUGCAGAUAGCUGAAGCAACUUUACUGUUGGCCGUCUUGAUUUGACAGUGUUGUUAAAGACAAAUGGUGUAGAUGUAAUUAUCGGGAUUUAGUUCCGGACUAGCUUUUUCUAUCCUUAUAGCUGUAGCUGGGGCUGUAUAAUCAGCAGUAACUGGAGGAUGUCUAAUGAUGAUUAGUGGGGUUUGCACUAUUCUGGUAGAGUGUUUCUUUCAUAAUCGGAAUCAAUCUGAAAGUGAUUGUUUAAUAA